AUGGACUUCACAGACGUCGGCAUUAGCCAUACUAUUUUGAACAGUGUCCAAUUAAAUCACCUUGUUGACUUUUCUCCCUCUGCAGCUGCCAUUGCCAAAGAAGCCCGCCUUUGCGUUCUUGCUAUUGUUGUUGGGUGGAUUACUACUCGUGUCGUUUCUAGCCUUUGCGAUCUACCCCGAAGAUCAAUCUCACAAAACAAAGAAUCCAUCCCAGGAUGGACCCUUAGUGGAGAAAGCUUCGACCCCUCCUUGCUCUCCGAUAAGCUAAUCUUAACACCGCCUUACCCGGGAAGUGUACGAGGAUCAGCAUGGGCUCAAAGUCCUGUUCUUCAAUCUGAAUGGUCUGCCGAAUUUCAAUUCCGAGCGACUGGCCCCGAGAGAGCGAGUGGCAAUCUUCAAUUAUGGUAUACAAAGGAUGGACAAGCCCGGAUUGGCGCAUCCAGCAUCUACACCGUCGGACCAUUUGAUGGAUUCGCUCUUGUCAUUGAUACUCAUGGCGGAAGGGGUGGAAGCAUCCGUGGAUUUUUGAACGAUGGCACAACCGACUACAAGACUCACCGUAGUGUUGAUAGCCUGGCAUUUGGACACUGCGACUAUGCUUACCGAAACUUGGGUCGUCCCUCGGUAGUGAAGCUCAAGCACACCAACUCGAUCUUCCAAGUGACUGUAGAUGACAAGGUCUGCUUUUCAACCAACAUGGUGCUCCUGCCCACUGGAAACACCUUCGGUCUUACCGCUGCGACUCCAGAGAAUCCCGACUCCUUCGAGAUCUUCAAGUUCGUUCUGGAGGCCACACCUACCCAGAUCCCGAACCAAGGUUCCGCCCCACAGCAACAGUUUGUGCGCCAGGAACAAGUUGUAACACCACCUGUAGGAGACGGAAAUAAUGACGUCCUGAACAAACAAUUUGGCGAUCUAGGCGGCCGUCUUCAGGUCCAGAAUCAGGCAACAAACAAUAUCCUUCAAGAAAUCAAAGCACAAUCUGCCAAGAAUUCGGAGACAAAGGAUGCUGUGGCAUCGCUUGACGCUCGUCUCCAGCGCAUCGAGGACUUGCUCCAGAGUAUCCAGCGUGAUCUGGAAGGCAAGGAUUACGGCAGCCGCUUUAACCAGCUCCACGAUACUUUGCGAUCUUCGCACCUCAGUUUGAGUGAGAGCCUCCAGGGAAAUCUGUUGAACGCUAUCACUGCUUCCACCCCACGCAUGGGCUUCUUCAUCUUCAUGGUCAUCGCAUUCCAGGUUCUCCUCGCUGUGUCGUAUGUCGUCUACAAGCGCCGUCGUGCUGGUAUGCCCAAGAAGUACUUGUGA